ACGUUUCUGUUUCCGUGGAUACAAAGGUCGAGAAAAUACGACUGUUUAUUGCCGGGACUUUGGUCUUUAAUUUCCACCACGAGUUAAAGAUUUCCCAUCGUUCAGAUACAAAGCUGAGCUGAAAGCCGACACCAUGUUCAGGUUUUCUUUAAUCGUCGGUGUUUCUCUGAUUAUCUGCGUCACGUCAAAGCCAUAUAAACCCUGGAAUAAAUUUACAGAUGAAACAUUCCAGCACAGCGUUAUGUCCGUAGAUAAGGAUGGAAAAAUGUCCUGGGGAGUGGAAGUGGAGCCUCCGGAGAACAUGGAUGAGACUGACCAUGACGUCGACCCAAGUAUGAAGAUCUGGAAGAGCAUGACGGGCGGUGGAGAAGUCAAACAGCACCUGAAGGCGGAGGAAGACUUGGACGACCUGUACCACCCCUCGAUGGCCGAUCUCCUCAGGGUUCAAAUCCAAAACGUGGACACCCUCCCUGCGGACAUCCCGGCGCAUUUCAUGCAGGCGGAGGAGGAUAAAGACGACGUCCAGCACCCUGAUUUUGAGGUGCUCCCUGUGGAACCUGAGCAGGAUUGGGAUGCAGUCUACUACAAAGCACGGGAGGAGCUGGCUGGAUAUUUGGCCCCCCUCGUGGCUGAACACCAGGCUGGUGCUGAGGUGCCUGCGUUAUACUCUGAACCAGAGGAGGACAUGGACGACCUGUACCACAAAGACUUCCUGCAGCCGGUCCCUCGCCAAGAUGACGCUCCAGCCGCAGCUCUGGUUGAUCUGCCGUUUCAGGGGAAGCACAGUGAACCAGAGGAAGACCUGGAUGAUAUUUACCACCGGUAAUCCUUCAACAACAGCCAGGUGUACGUCUCAUUAUAGAUCAGAUCAUAUAAAACAAAAAAGGUAAAUAAUCACAAGUGUCAUCUGACUCAUCCAACUGUCACUCAAAUGUAUCUUCAUGAUAAAAAUACUUAAACAAACACUCCUAAAGACUUCAUUUGUUUUAUUUAUUUAAAUGUAUGUACAAUGCAGAGGAUGUUAAUAAAACUGACAACAAAUUUCUGCUUCAUGUAACCUGUAAAUUCUAAAUGAUCGUAAAUAUUUACAGUAUUACUUACAACAACAAAUGUUUUUAAUUCAGAGCUUCACCUGAAAAAUGUACAAA